AUGUCGAUUGACAUCAACUGGGACACCAUCACGGGCGGUGCAGAAGGCUCCGCGCGUGCAGAGAAGAUACGCGCCUUCAUCCACGACCGGUUCCAGCAGGUGACGCUGCCACGAUUCAUUCGCUCAGUUCACGUGCAUUCCUUCGACUUCGGCAGCGUACCCCCGGAGAUUGAGAUUAAAGACAUAUGCGACCCACUGCCGGAUUUUUACGAAGAUGAUGAGGACUAUCCAGACGAACAAGGGGACGACCUGGGGGAAGACGACACCGAGCAUGACGCCAAGUCACGCGAUUCUAGCAACCCACCUAGUCAUUCACCAAGGAAUAGUCAUUCCAGGGAACGAGGCCGAGAAGCAGACUUGGAGGAAAACACUCCCAAUCAGAAUAGAUUACGCCCCUUUCAACCUCUUGCUAGACCAUCCACCAAGCGCUCAUCAUUGGCUCCCCACGAGCUAGGCAGCCCAUUCUUUCAUGGAGCUCUCACUCCAGGCAUACCUGGUGGCACCUCCAACAUGAACUACUUCCAUCUGCCUCUAAGUGCAGGCCUCUCUGGUGCUACGACGCCUCUGGCCGCUGUAGCUGGCGCCCAGUUGCAUAAUUGGCUCGACGACCGUCACGGCCGGCCGAGUACGCCAACAAAUAUGCGUCUGCGGAACGCCGCGUCCAUGAACUCGCUAACCCUCACGCCACAAUCCCAUCCAGAUCCCAGCUCAAGACCCUCUUCCAGGCACCAACAGGACGAUGGGAAGAAACAGUCCUUUGCCGGAUCAGAUGACAGUCACUCUCAGCACAGCUUCGGGCGGACACCAUCCGCAUCUCCUCACCGCAUGCGUGAGAAGAGCCCUGAUGAUAUACAGGUUGUGACCCAUGUGCAGUACUCUGGCGACAUCAAAAUGUCUUUGACUGCAGAGAUCCUUUUGGACUACCCCAUGCCAAGCUUUGUCGGCAUUCCUCUCAAGUUGAACAUCACCGGACUCACCUUCGAUGGUGUUGCGAUCUUGGCAUAUAUCAAGAAGAGAGCACACUUUUGCUUCCUGUCACCGGAAGACGCAGAUGCUCUGGUCGGCGGAGAGAAUGGUUUCAACGGUCUUCAGACAGACGCACAAGGUCAAAACCCACGUCCUGUGCAACGACCUAAGAUCGGAGGGCUGUUGGAGCACAUCAAAGUCGAAAGCGAAAUAGGAGGGCAAGGCAGUGGUAAACAGGUCCUCAAGAACGUUGGGAAGGUAGAGUCAUUCGUACUGGAGCAAGUCAGGCGCAUCUUUGAAGAUGAGUUUGUCUACCCAAGCUUCUGGACAUUCCUGGUCUAG